AUGGCCAUAACCAACAUCUCAUUUGAUCAGCCCCUCGUCGCGCAACCAGUCACCUGCUACUAUCCUAUCAGCGACAUAUACGCGCCGACUCCACGAUAUCUCUAUUAUGUCCUUCUGGCCUUGAGCUUCAUCACAGCCAGCCACGGCUGGGUUGCGCAUGUCAUCUUUGGAGCGGCAGUAUCAUAUGCCGCCACCGCGUCGCUCGAAGCUUUUAUCUUGCUUUCCGCUCACCUUGGUCUGCCUCCACCACAGAAUGUCACGGUAGCUCAUCUGGAUGUAGAGUACAUGACGGAUGUAUCGAAUGACAUGCGGACUCUUGCCGCAAACACCAGAUCCGUUGUUGUGCAGCCCGACUACCUAGAGCUGGAUAUCGACGCGGUGACUUGCAUUGUGAUCACGGCAUAUCUUGUGGGCUUACCGUUGCAAUGCUGGUCAAGCACGGCGCGAACAAGUCGGAUCCUCCAUCUACUAAUCUUCAUCUGGAAUAUCAUUAUGCUUGCAGGGUCGAUAUCAGUCCUUGUGCUUUGGCCAAGUCUGAAUCUUGCACCACCUCAGUAUCGCUUCUGCUACUCAGGCAUUGAAGACAGCGAUACUGUCCAGAAUGACGGCUGGGAUGAUCAAUACUGGGCCGGUUCCUGGAAUGGGACCAUCUGGAGUCUGUUUGGUCCCUCUGUUCUUGACAACGAACGAUGGUUGAACCUCUCGACGAAUUGCUUCUAUCCGUGUUUCAACACCUCACAAGUGAUGCGAGAAUCAACGCGGCUACGGGCGACAGUGGUCGGUACUGAUGCCCCGGGGGAUAGUCAGCAUACUCGAAGCACUUGGGAAGGCGAUGCAUUCCAGCCUCUCGUUUAUACGGCAAUUGCCCUCUUUACCGCUGCACAGCUAUUUCUUCUGGUCGUCGGGCGACUGGAUUUAUGCACUUCAAGAGUACCCAUACAUCGGCCAUUUGAUCUCUGGUUUCGGAGGAAGGAGAUUUUCAGUGGGUUCACGGCUGACAUCAGAGCUGGUUAUUCAAAAACAGCACAAUUUUUGCGGCAUCCGACGUCGAAUUUCGCACCGAUGAGAAGUGUCAAACUCAACCAGGUGGCAAGGAUCACGAGAGCACACAAACAUCCCUUCAUCCUCUUCCUUAUAGACCUCAUAACGCUUUGCGUUCUUCUCGGGGCCAUGGUCUUCGGCCCUUUGAUCAUCAUUGCCUUCAUCGUGUGGAUUGAAAAUUAUAUCAAUACUGACGGCGAACCGGGCGAGCAGGUCAAAGCUGUGGGCCAAUGGCAAUUUAUAGUUCAGAUCGGCAUUAUCCUCCUCGCUGCGGUGAUUAUCAGGCUGCGGUAUAAAGUGGCAUCGGAGGAAGAGAUUCAGAGGGAUCUCGGGCACGCCAGGGAGCACGUCGAGAAACUGGAACGAAUCGCGGAGAAGAAGAGAACGGACAGAGGGGCAGCAGACGCAGGGCUAGGGCAGAAACGAAGUUUUCGAGGAGUCUUCCGGCGGAGGAAAAGGAGAGCGGCAAGUGAGGAAGACGCGAACAACAUAGACAACUCUCCAUCAGCGGAGUCUGCAGAAGGUGCCUCCGGCGUGUUGCGGGAGCUGAGAGACGAGAAAAAAUAG